AUGCCUGCAAUGACAGAUGACAAGCUUGAACUGACCACAGCCACUCCAGAUAUGAAGCUGAAGAAGCCCACUGCCUCGCUGGUGUGUCAGAGUAGCUUGGCCACAGAGGCAGUCACCAUGGCUGACUUUAGAGAUCUUAUAAGUGCUCUGGGGGAGUUUGGGCUAUAUCAGAAAUUGCUGGUAAUGUUCCUCUCCCUCCCACUGCUUCUUAAUCCUUUCCAAAUGUUAGGCCAAGUGUUCAUGGUUGUGGAUGUGCCUCAUCACUGCAACACCAGCUGGAUCCUUGCCGUCGGCCCCAACCUGACCGAGGAAGAGCAGCUGAACCUCACCCUGCCCCGGGACGCGGAUGGGGCGUACGAGCAGUGCUCCAUGUACUCACCAGUGGAUUGGAACCUCAGCUCCAUCGUGGCGUACGGCCUGAACGCCACGGAGAAGGGCAGCAGCGGCUGGGUGUACCCCUCAGGACAACCACCGUCCUUGGUGACCGAGUUUGACCUAGUGUGUGACAGGAAAGACCUGAACGACAUCUCCCAGUCUAUCUUCAUGGCGGGGCUUCUCCUAGGAUCCAUGAUCUUUGGGCCACUAAGUGACAGGAUCGGCCGUCGACCAGUCUUUCUGGUCUCUCUCCUCCUUCAGAGCUUGUUUGGUGUAGCAAUUGCCUUUGUGCCCCAUUUCUAUGUGUACAUGGCCUUCAGAUGUGUCGUGGGCAUUUCAGUGUCAGGAAUGCUGAUUACUUGCUUGGCCUUAGCUUCAGAAUGGGUUGGUGUCUCCUCCCGGACAAAGGCAGUCCUGAUUACUCACUGCUGUUUUGCCGUCGGGCAGAUUAUUUUGGCUGGCUUGAGUUAUGGUAUUCGCAACUGGAGGUUGUUGGAGAUUGCGGGAUCUGGUCCACCAAUUGCCCUUUUCUUCUACUUCUGGUAA